AUGGUGUUCAAGAGACUGUUGGGUAACCUUACCCCAAAGAUGGGUAACAAGAACUAUUAUAAAGGAAGAGGUGUUAGGAAUCAGGGUACCAUCUCAUCAACAGGUCGUUUCAAGUUGGAUAUAGCAAAGAUGGAGGUUAUCAAUACACCAGACCUGACAAACUGCGAGGUAUGA